GUGGAUCCGAGACUUAGUACUUACUCGUACUAGCGAUCGACCCCGCCGAUCUACACCGCUUCAGCCACAAGUGGUGGUGACUGACUGUGACUGCCCCUCAUUACUUACAGUCACAGCCAGUUACAGUCAAAGACUGACUCGAUCCUCACCAUGUCCUUCUCCAACUUCAUCUCCUCGGCCAUCGAGCAGGCCGCCAGCAACUACGCUGGUGGGAACAGCGGCAGCAACAACAACAACAACAACAACAGCGGGAACGCACACCACGGUCAGGGUCAGGGCGGUUCCUAUGGUGGUGAGCAGCAGGGUGGAUAUGGGUAUGGGGGCGAGCAGAGCUAUGGCUCCCAGGGCGGUUCCUACGGUGGUAGCCAGGGUGGUUACGGCGGUCCCCAGGGCGGAUACGGCGGCGAGCAGGGCGGCUACCAGCACCAGCAGCACCAGCAGGGCGGGUACAGCGAGGGCGGUUCCUACGGCGGGGGAGGUCCCCAGGGCGGUUCCUACGGCGGCAGCAACGAAUACGGCCACAACCCCCCCUCCCACAACCCCAGCUACGGCAACGCUCCCUCCUACGGCGGCGGCGGCAGACCCAGCUACGACGACAUCUCCUCGGCAACCAGCCAUGCCGAAUCGCACAGCGCGGGCACCGGCUCCUCGGACCUCUUCCAGAAGGCGCUGGGCUACAUCACCAACCGCCAUUCCUCCCAGGAGGAGGACGACGACAUCGACGAGUCCCAGAUGGUGCAGUCGCAUCAGGCCGUGUACAAUUCCAACGAGGGCCAGCAGCAUGAUUCCAAGACCCUGGGCGCUGGCGCCGCCAUGCAGGCGCUGAAGAUGUUCACCUCUGGUUCUUCGGGUGCAAGUGGCUCCGGCGGGAAGAAUGAGUUCAUUGGGCUGGCCAUGGCGCAGGCGAGUAAGCUGUGGGAGGAGAAGAGUUCCAGUGGCAUGGCUUCCGGCGACAAGCAAUCUGCCAUCAACCAGGCCGCUGAGAUGGCGCUGAAGAUGUACAUGAAGAGUCAGGGCAGUGGGUCGAGUGGUACCGGCGGGCCGGCCGGGUUGUUGAGUUUGGCCAGUAAGUUCUUGUAAGGUUGCGUGCCUUUUGCGGGCGGUGCGGUUGGGUUGGGUUGGGUUGGGUUGAGCAUCGCCAGAUGGAUGUAGCAUCAUCGCUCGCGACGCAGAUUCAGAUCAGAGGGCCGGGUCGGGAGACUUGCUUGUGUAUGUUCUUAGGAUGAGAAUCUGGAUUUGUAGUUAUUGCAUGUAUGCAUGUAUUGUGUUGAGAUCUGUGGACUUUGCGGGAGUGUAGGUUUGAGGCAUUUCGUGGUCUUCGAACUUAAUCAGGUCUUGUUGGUUAGGGUUAAGGUGGUUGCUUGGUUGGGUUUGGGGAGUGGACACAGAUGUUGGGCAUUUUUUGGUGUCCGGGCAUUUGGCUGUAUGUUGAAUGCGUUGAGUGGGUUGAUGAAGGUCCGGUUGGUGGUGAGGGCACUAUUGGACCGAC